GCUGCUCUGCGCGUGGCCGUCUAGCUCUGUCUGAGGCGCGUGAGUGCACGGGUACAUAGGCAUUAUCUUCAUUUCCAGUUUCAUCGGCAAAUUACAGAAUGCGGAGGUGAAAACGGACGGACUCGCCGAUCGAGGCACGAACCCUUGACGGUAUAUGCCGGUACCACACCAGUUGGUGUUAUUUUUCUUAUCUGAAAGCCGGUUCUGAGCGAGAAUCACGCAUGCAUUCAAACAGAGGAUUAUCGCGGAGGAACUGCCUUGAAACCAUGAGCUGCAGUUGGGGGACGGAGCUGUGGGAUCAGUUUGAUAAUUUGGAGAAACACACUCAGUGGGGCAUUGAGUUUUUGGAACGCUACACCAAGUUUGUGAAGGAGCGGUCUGAAAUUGAACUGAGCUAUGCUAAACAGAUCAGGAAUCUGUCCAAGAAGUAUCAGCUCAAGAAGAACUCUAAAGAGGAGGAGGAAUUCAAGUAUACCACAUGUAGAGCGUUUCUAAUGACUUUAAAUGAGCUGAACGACUACGCGGGUCAACACGAGGUCAUCGCCGAAAACCUGUCCACUCAGAUAAUCGCAGAGUUGAGCCGCUACACUCAAGAACUGAAGGCUGAACGCAAAUCGAUGUGUUUUUUUGUAUCUCUUUCCUCGCAUUUCCACGAUGGCCGCAGAGCUCAACAACACAUUGAGAAUUCCUGGAAGCAGCUGGAAUCGAGUAAAAGAAGAUUCGAGCGAGACUGUAAGGAAGCGGAUCGCGCUCAGCAUUACUUUGACAAGAUGGACGCCGACAUUAACGUGACUAAAGCAGAUGUGGAAAAGGCACGGCAGCAGGCUCAGAUGAGACACCAGAUGGCUUCUGACAGCAAGAAUGAAUAUUCCUCAUACCUUCAGAAGUUCAACCAGGAACAGAACGAACAUUAUUACACCAUCAUCCCUAAUAUUUUCCAGAAGAUCCAGGCCAUGGAGGAGAAGAGGAUAGAGCGGAUGGGAGAGUCGCUGAAGACGUUUGCGGAGGUCGAUCGUCAGAUUCUGCCCAUCAUCGGGAAAUGCCUGGAUGGAAUAACACAAGCGGCCGACUCCAUCGAACCCAAGAAUGACUCCUCUCAGGUCAUAGAGUCAUAUAAGUCUGGGUUCGAGCCUCCCGGCGAUGUGGAGUUUGAAGACUACGGCCAGGCGAUGAAGAGGACGGUGUCUGAGACCAGCCUCACUAACUCACGCCCGGAGAGCAAAGCAGACCGCUCCAGCAAGAGCAAGAGCAAAACCCUCUGGCCUUUCAUUAAGAAAAACAAGGUAACACACACCGGCGUCACGUUCACUCGCAGUUACUCCGAUCUGACAGAAAACCAAGCUCCAGUAAAUCCGAACAGCUGACACCUCGCGAGAGCGAUUGUUUGAUGUGUUUCUGUAAGUUUUUGUUUUAGUUUGUGCUUGUUUAUUAGUUUGGAUUCUGUAGUUUUACUGUAGUAUCUGUAGAUGCUGUUAUUCGUUUGCCGCCAUCGUUCUCCUUUCCUUUCCCCUCCCUGUGUUCACCUGCACGAAAAUAUGUUCAUCCUGACGCUCCACCGAUAACGUACUAAUGCACGGCCCGAGGGGCCUCACCUUUGACCUUUGCAGAGAAACGUAACUCUUUAUUCCCGUGUCGUCCUUUCAAACCGAGAGUAACUUCCUUUUCUCCGGCCACCCAUCGGUGCUGUUCUCAUGGUAACCACAUUCUUCUUCCUGUUCCUCGUCUUCCUCUGUCUUCUUGUGACCUUUGACGUUUGUGUCAAAGGCUCCGCUCUUACUGAGCAUGCUCAGUCCAAACCCCGCCUAACCUCGCAGGACCAGGAUGUGAGCAUUAACACUGUCAUACGUAUUUAAUGAGGUGUGUCUGUGUGGCUAUGGGCGGAAUGGAGAACUAGUUCAUACUGUGCAGUAUAUACUGUAUACUGUUUACGGUUGUGUAGUUUAUUUAAUAUUUUAGUCGGCAAGGACGCGUUAAAUUCAUCUAAAAUGAUAGUGAAGACUUCCAUAAUGGUAUAUUUUCAAGUAAAUGCUGCUAUUUUGAACUUUCUAUUUAUUUAGGAUGUACAAAAUGUUAAGAAAACAUGAAAAUAUGACCGUUUUCGAUCUGAAAAAUAAAAAUCUGCCAAUUAGAUUGAU